CACAAGUGGAGAAGCUGAGAGACGGGGUGGAGUGGGAGCUUUUCCAGUCACCAGAAUUUUCUUCCAGAUGCUCGGGGUCAGCGGCCCCAGACAGACUUCCUUUCAUGUACGGGUUCUGGUGGAUCAGUGGUGAUGGCGUCAGAGCCCCACGCUGCAGAACGUCCUGAUCUGCUCCGUUGACGACGCCUGCCCUGGCCUGUAGGGUGUGGAGGGAGCGGCUUGAGGCCUCCCAUUGGCCUCCGCCUCUGGGUGCCUUCCAGCGCUCACCCUCCCUUGGGACCGACACCAGUGUUCACAUGGGGCCUAAAGCCUCCAUUUCUCUCAUACUCUGCCUGCAGGACGUCCGGCGCGUGCCCGGAGUCGCCCCGACGCUCGUCCGGUCGGCGUCAGAGACCAGUGAGAAGCGCCCCUUCAUGUGUGCUUACCCGGGCUGCAAUAAGCGAUACUUUAAGCUGUCCCACUUGCAGAUGCACAGCCGGAAGCACACUGGUGAGAAGCCAUACCAGUGUGACUUCAAGGACUGUGAGCGGAGGUUUUCCCGUUCAGACCAGCUCAAAAGGCACCAGAGGAGACACACAGGUGUGAAACCCUUCCAGUGUAAAACUUGUCAGCGCAAGUUCUCCCGGUCCGACCACCUGAAGACCCACACCAGGACUCAUACAGGUAAAACAAGUGAGAAGCCCUUCAGCUGUCGGUGGCCUAGUUGUCAGAAGAAGUUUGCCCGGUCAGAUGAGCUGGUCCGCCAUCACAACAUGCACCAGAGGAACAUGACAAAGCUGCAGCUGGCCCUGUGAGGGUCCAGCGGGGCAGCGCCGUGUCCAGGCAGGGCCACGCGUGAACUGCCCUCAGAUCUGACUCGAAUUCCUCUUCGCCCUCCUCUCCACGAAGGACACGGCAUUCGACCUUCUUCAUCCGGCUUCCGGGACAAGACGCCUGACCACUGGGUCCACCAGGCUUGCCCGGGGGAGCUGCCGGGCUCUGCUUGGGUGACUUUCAGUUGGCUCACAAGGCCCUGGAGAAGUGGCUGACGCUGUCUGGUCAGUUAAAAGCCCAUCGCCAUUUGGUCUAGAUUUUCCACCGUAAGAGAGCCGUUGUUGAUGACGCCCCCCUCCUCCUCUGCGCUCAUUUUCACUAGGAAUGGAGUCACUGUGCCAUUUUUCAUCAUAGAAUAUUUAUAGGCCAGGGCAUGUGUAUGUGUCUGCUAAUGUAAACUUUGUCGUGGUUUCCAUUUACUAACAGCAAUAGCUAGAAAUAAAUCAGAGAGCGAGGCUCUGGGGCGAGUCCCGCCGACAUUCCGGAGGUCAGGCGGGCUGCUAACCUGGGAGGCAGGAUGUAAUGCUCCCGGCAACUUCAGAACUCAUGUGUUUCAGCAGCUGAAAAAAGAAUCAGAACUAACCAGUACCUCUGUAGGGAAAUCUGAAAGAAUCUUACCAUUCAGUUAAUUCAGUGUUAGCAAGUAGCACACUGCUCUUACGAAACUGUGCUUGAAGAUCCCAGGUGUUGUUUUGCGUUUAUUUUUGACUUUUUUGAGUUGUAAUGUUAUGCAUCCUCAGAGAUGUACAUGUCCCCUCACACAAAGGGAGUGGAGUUCAUUUUCAUCACGUGGGGUGUCCUAGAGUGUGCAGACCACGCCAAUUAUGUGGCUUCAAGUUGUAAAAUUAAAGUGACUGAAAGAAAACGGCUGUGCGAGAUCUGCUGAUGGCACUGGGUCCACAAGUGUGCGAAACACAAGCCUGACUCGUGCGAGGAAACCCUCUGUCGAAAGGUGGUUGGGGGGCGUGUGGGUGGUUUUUUUAAGGGAGGGAGUUUGUUAUUUACUGUUGCUUGAAAUUAUUGUGUAAAUAAUAUAUCUGAUAAUGAUUUGCUCUGUGACGACUGAAGUUAGGAAAUGUACAACGUUAGAUGCAUCACUGUUCUGGUGUUGAUUUUACAAACGUAUCGAUGAUGACACUGACAUGUAACCUGCAUUUUCACUUCGCUCUCCAUUAAAGUCUGUUCAAAAGGA